AGCCAAUGGGGAAAGCCGUCUCUGCUUGGAGGGCGGGAUUGCAGGGCUUCUUGCGCGAGCGGUGCUCGGUUCGAGGGUUGCGGGGAGACAUGGAGGCGGAAGACGUCCAGGGAUUUCCGUCAAUAAAAACCUUCACUGAGGUGGCCGAAGCUGGGGUCUCCAGCCUUCGUUUCAUGACGCUGUGCUCGUGGCUGGUUUCAGAGCUCCGAACCCUUUGCCGGCUGGAGGAGGACGUUAGCCCCGUGCAUGGACCUGAGGAUGCCGAGACAUUUCAGAUCGAAAUCAGCGGCCUCCUGAGUGAGCUGCAUUGCCCGUAUCCUUCACUGACCACAGGGGACGUAAUUGCUAGACUCAGCACCCGAGACCACUGCCUGCAGCUUCUGUAUUUCUUGAGCUCGGAGCUGCUAGCUGCCCGGCUCCAGGCCAGGAAAACGCUCCAGUCAGCAAAGCAAGGCGACAAAAAUAACGAAGCUGUGCGAGAACUCCAUCAAAUCUGCCAAGCCCUGGGGAUGCCUGAGCCAGACCCGGCUUCCUCUGUGGCUCAGGUUAUGGAAGACAUUGGAUCCCAGGUUUCAGAGGCGCUCGCCGCACAGGGGCCUGAGCCCCACUGGAUGGCACCGCUCCUGAAGGCCCCGUUGACCUCUGAGCAAUGGAAAGCGCUGGACGAGAUCAACCAAGUGCUGGGCGCCGAAUACCAGUGCCGUAGACACAUGAUGCUGACCCGUUUCGACGUCACCGUUGCAUCCUUCCAUUGGUCUGAGAGGGCCAAGAACCGAAGCACAGCCAUGUCCGAAGCCUUCCAACCUUUACGGAAGUCUUUGCCGGAAGAUUCCCAGCUCUGCCUUGCCCACCUGCUGGCUGCCCGCGAGGACGUCUCUCGUAUCGUGAAGACCAGCAGCGGGGCCUUGCGGAAUAAGACCAGUUGUGCUGUCAACAAGGUCUUGAUGACGGGCAGCGUCCCAGACCGGGGAGGACGUCCGAACGAAAUCGAGGCCCCCAUGCCCACCUGGGAAAAGAGGAGAGAAGGAGGUGGUGGAGGAGGCCGCCAGCGCUGGGCUAAACAGGGCAAGAAGAAGAAGAAAUAAGGGAAGCGGGUAUGAAACCGGCUGCUGUGGGUUUGUCGUGGCCAGAAAGUGUGAAAUGAAGGAAGCACCACAGAUUCCCACCCAAAAGCGUCCAGUUCUCGGCCUCUCCUUUCUCCAGGAUGGAGGCAAGGCACCUUUAAAUAAGGAUGUGGUCCUUUGGCACUCCAGAUGUGCCCUAAGGCAAACUCCCAUCAUCCAAAGAUUACGCUUUACUUUAGGAGAGGCGUAAUAACUCUCCUAAGCUUUGGGGAAGGAAGGCGACGUGCCAUAGCAGCUGGGUUGGCUUUAAAGGCCAGGAAGCCGCUAAACAUUUGUUGGCUGCCUGAAAUCCAAAAUAAGUAUUUUGUAUUGGGGGGUUUAUUUUCACUCUAAACCAGGGGUCUCCAACCUUGGUCCCUUUGAGACUUGUGGACUUCAACUCCCAGAGUCCCUCAGCCAGCAAAGCUGGCUGAGGAACUCUGGGAGUUGAAGUCCACAAGUCUCAAAGGGACCAAGGUUAGAAACCCCUGCUCUAAACGUCAUGGAACGGGGGUGCCUAGAAAGAGGGAUAAGAUCAGUGGGCUUUGAUUUAGAUUUUUACUGUAAAGAAUGAUUCCAAAUUAGGGAUCUGUUAAUUUGGAAGCAGAAUUGCAUAAGUUGUUUUGGGUGGAGGGGAUAUUAUUGGAUGGGGAGGUGCCUCUUUUCUCCUUGUUGGAUAUCUUGAUGGAGGGGGGGAGAAUUUGAACCAGGAAAAACUAGAACAUUCUUAAUCUCCAGUCAACAUCUCUGCUUAGCUUCCCUGGCUCGGGAAGAAGGGAAUUGUGGCUUAUAUAUCUGGGAGGCCUGGGAUGAUCAUAUGUUUUGAUGGACCAAAUGGCCUUUUGUAUUUAAAAACAAAAAACAUCGGGUGUUGUUUGGUGAUGGGACAAAUAGACAUGGUUGAAAUUUAACAUGCUGGGAUCGCUAGGACAGCUCGUAUCUCUGAUACUCUUCUCACUCAAGCCAAACUCUUGCUGUGUAAAGAUAACUAUUCAAAAUAAAACAUUUAUUUUUUCUG